GGUCGACAACAGUCGCUGCAAAGUCGACCAGGAUAAUGACUUUUCAGCGUCGCGCGCAGUCUUCGCACGAGUGCUCUACGUUUCACUUCUUACGCUGAUACACAUUGGGAUCCGCAUUAACAGCAAAGACAUCCCGUUGUCUUUCCGCUUCUCCGAGAGUGUUUGUCGUUCACGCGCACUCAUUCGAUGCGCCCGCUCAUUCAGACGAACGGGAAUGAGAAACAGGCGAAUAUCAUGAUUCGGAAGAGCACGAUUAAUCGCACGAUAGAAUUGAUGUUUAUUCUGUUCGGAAUUUGGCCGGGUACCUCGUGCGUAUUGCUGCGCAGAACAUUUUGGCUCGUUACGAUAGUAAUCGUGCAAUACUGUCAUUACCGAUACCUUAUAACGCAUUUUUACUCCGAUGAUCUCUUCAAUUUGAUGGAUUGUCUAAGUAGUCUGCUGGCGUACGCCAAGGUGAUGAGCAAGCUCGUUAUAUUUUGGUUGAAUCAGCGAAAAUUCGUCGAGACGCUGGCGAUGGUGGCGGAAGACUGGGAGGAUAAUGCUAACAACGAACUUGGCAUGCGUGAGACGAUAUGCAAAGCGAAAUUAUCGGAUCGCAUCACCAACGCAAUCAUCACUCUACACACGUUAAGCGCCAUCGCGUACAGCACCCGCGCUAUCCUCGCCGAGGUCGAUAUCAAUGAUCGCGCUUCUGAGCUGCUCUACGUGCACAAAGUGGAGAUUCCUUUCAACGUGAACACGCAACGGACGUACAAAACGAUCCUGACCGCGCAAUUCGUAUAUGUCAUAAUGGGCAGUUGGGCGGCCGGUGCUGUUAACUCGUUGCUCUUAACUCUGAUCUUGCACAUAGGCGGUCAAAUGGAAAUCGUAUGUUGCUGGUUGCGGGACCACGCAUCGCAAGAAAACGAGAAGAAACAAGAAAAAUCAGAUGUGACGACGGGUAAGAUCGUUAAAAGGCAUCAGAAGAUCAUCGACUUAUCGAAGAACGUCGAGAAUCUGUACACGCACAUCGCGCUGCUGCAAUUCGCGUCGAACACGAUAAUGAUCUGCUCGCUGGCGUUUCUCAUCGUGAGCGCGAUCGGCACCCCCGACGCGGUAGAACAGAUAAUGAGAUCUCUUUUAUUUUACGCCAUUACGAAUCUCGAGGCGUUUAUGUUCUGUUUUGCCGGGGAAUAUCUGAGGAACAAGAGCAAAGCGGUCGGAGUUGCGGCUUACAAUUGCGCGUGGUACAACCUAAAGCCUGAAGACAGCCGUUUGUUGCUGUUUGUAAUAUUGCGAUCGCAGAAACAAUUAGCGCUCACUGUGGGAAAGAUGACGGACCUCUCCUUAGAAUACUUCGCAAGCGCGCUCGAUAGUUCCGACCCGGUGGGCAAGAUAGUGAGAUCACUCGCGUACUACUCCGUGACGAAUCUGGAAGCGUUUAUGUUUUGCUAUGCCGGGGAAUAUCUAAUUAACAAGAGCAAGGCAGUCGGAUAUGCAGUGUAUAAUACCGCUUGGUACGACAUGCAACCAAAACACUGUCGCAUCCUGUUGCUCGUUAUAUUAAGAUCGCAGAAGCAAUUGACGCUCACAGUGGGGAAGCUGACCGACCUCUCGCUGCAGUGCUUCGCGAGCAUCAUGAACUCCGCGGGAUCCUACUUGUCGGUAUUGUUGGCAAUGAAGUGAACAUCACAAGUGCAUCUCGUCAUUUUUAUUCGCAGAUCAUGUGCCG